UCACUGGGCAGGAGUCAGAUGGAUUCAGAAGGGUUGACCAUAAUGUCUACAGAGUCUCCAUACUACAAUUACGAUUACGAUUAUAAUGGCACUGAAGAUGAUCCAGACAUCGGGUUGUGCAACCUCGAUCCAAACCCCACGGAAGUCAUCACACAAACUUACAUUCACUCCCUCAUCUGCGCCUUCGGUCUGGUCGGCAACAUUCUCGUCGUGGUCACGUACAUAUUCUACAAAAGAAGCAAGACCAUGACGGACGUCUACCUCGUCAAUGUGGCCGUGGCGGACCUGACCUUUGUGCUGGCCUUGCCUUUCAUCAUAUACAAUGAGCAGCACCGUUGGAUCAUGGGUGCUGUGGUCUGCAAGGUGCUGAGGUCCGCCUACAGCAUCAACCUGUACAGCGGGAUGCUCCUGCUGGCGUGCAUCAGCGGUGAUCGUUACGUUGCUAUCGUGCAGGCCAGGCGCUCUUUCGGGACCCGUUCCAGCUCUUUAAUCUACAGUCGCGUCAUCUGCUCGGUCGUGUGGGUUUGCGCUGCGGCGUUAACAGCGCCCACGCUCAUAUACACCGAGUGCUUUGAAGAGACCAGUUUCGGGGCCGAGGCGGCGUCUGUGGUGUGUCAGCUAUCUUUCAGUACCGAUGAGACGGCAAAGUUAAUCAAAGUGCUUAUUCCCAGUCUUCAGAUGGGCAUCGGAUUUCUGCUGCCCCUGUUGGUGAUGAUGUUCUGCUACUCCUGCAUUACGUGCACGUUGAUGCGAGCGCAGAGCACUCAAAGGCAUAAAGCCAUACGUGUAGUUUUAGUCGUGGUUGUCGUCUUUGUUAUUUGUCACCUUCCGUACAAUGUGGCUUUGCUCAACCACACACUGUCCCUUUUUAAGAUGAGGGGUUGUAAGGCGGAAAUGCUAAAACUCCAAGUUCUGGGGAUUUCUAAAAAUGUAGCCUAUCUGCACUGCUGUCUUAAUCCCAUCCUCUAUGCUUUCAUUGGCUCCAAAUUUAGGAGCCACUUCAGGCAAAUAGCCAUGGAUUUAUGGUGCUUUGGUAAAAAGUACAUCUACUCGGCUCGCUCGUCACGUGCCAUGUCAGAUACCCGCAUCUCAGGCUUUAAGUCUUCAGAUAGAUCCAACAACUUGUCAUCGUUCAGUGUGUGA